AUGAGUUACUUUGUUAAUCUUCUCCCCUCUUCCUAUUCCACUUCUUUUCCUUCUCUUGCUCCUGCUAUUAAUCUUAUCUCCUCUUCCCGUUACUCCUUUUUCUUCCUUUUCGUCUAUGUCUAUUCUUCGAUUCCUUAUUCCACUUCCUGCUUUUGUUUGACGUUGUUAAUAUUCCCUUCUCUUCCUAUUCCGUCCCAUCUCUUCCUCUUGCUACUACUCAUUAUUCUUAUAACUCUCCUUUCCCUUUCCUUCUCUUUGUUGUCGGUAAUCUUCUCUCCUUAUUUUAGUUAUUCUCUUUACUCCUCUGCUUAUGUUUCUUUGCUUUACUCUUCUCUCCUCUACCUUCAACUUUUCCCCAUUUUCCUACCUUAUAAGUCUUUGUUCUUCUUUCAAAUUCUCUUCUUGAUUUUGUCUCUUUUUACGUAUUCUUUACUUCUUCAUCACUUAAUUUUCUCCCGAUUAUCUUCUCUUUCUUUUAUUUUAGUCCUCCUUCCCCUCUUUCUCACUUUUAAGCAUUUCCUACUUCCUUUUUUCUUUCUUUCUUUCUUUCUUUCUUUUGUCGUACUUUUUCACUUCCCACUCCUCUUUGAUUUUCCUUCCUUCUUUUUUGUCACUGUGUCUUUAACAGACGAUUUUUUAAUACUUCUUUAUUCUUCCUAUUUCCUUUGGUAUCUACACACCCGAUUUCUUACAGUUACCUUACCCUCUCUCCUCCUCCUUCUCCUCCUUCCCCGGAAUAAGAUCCCUUUUCUCUUAUGGAAUUUCCUCACACCAUUACAGUAUAAAUAUGGCAAUACUUCACACCCUUGUGAAUCAGCUCGGAUCAGUUUUCCCUUUUCUGAUGUUUUGCACCGUUUGAACCCGUGUUUAUCAACUUAG